UUCUCCUCCUCCCCUUCCUUCUUAAUUUGCUUCUUCAUCUACCAUCAUUAACACCUUCUGCCACCACCAUUCCCACCAAUGGGGGCUCAUUUAUUGCCCCUUCUAUUCUCUAUCCUCGCCGCCGCCGCCGCCGCCGGCAAAUCUGCCCAUCUCAAGCUCCCCUUGCUCCGCACUCACCCCUUCCCUCCCACCCCUUCUCAGGUCCUCUCCUCCGACGCCUCCCGCCUCUGUUCUUUCAACCGCCGCCGCGCACGGCUGCCCGUCACCUCCGGCGCGUCUUCCGGCUCCGGGCAGUACUUCGUCGAGCUCCACCUCGGCACGCCGCCGCAGCGGCUCUCCCUCGUGGCUGACACCGGCAGCGACCUCGUCUGGGCCGCUUGCUCCGCUUGCCGGAACUGCUCCACGCGCCUCCCGCACUCCGCAUUCUUCCCCCGCCACUCCGCCUCUUUCUCGGCGUUCCACUGCUUCCACCCUAGGUGCGGGCUCCUGACCCACCCCACGCGCGCCCGUUGCAACCGCACGCGCCUCCACAGCCCUUGCCGGUACGAGUAUUCCUACUCCGACGGGUCAUUGACCGGCGGGUUCUUCGCCACGGAGACGGCGUCGUUCAACGACAGCUCCGGCAAGGCCGUCCGGUUCAAGAAAGUUGAGUUCGGUUGCAGUUUCCGAUCUUCCGGGCCCAGCAUAACCGGCCCAAGUUUCAGCGGGGCUCAGGGAGUGCUCGGGCUGGGCCGCGGCCCGAUUUCUCUUUCCACCCAAUUGGGUCGCCAAUUGGGGAACAAGUUUUCUUACUGUUUAAUGGACUAUACUCUGGCGCCGACUCCGAGGAGCUAUUUGGUGAUCGGCGACGGGGGAGACGGCGCCGUGAAGAGCUUCACGCCGUUAAUUAACAACUCAUUCUCGUCUACCUUUUACUACAUCGGGAUCGAGAGCGUAACCGUAGAAGAAGUGAAAUUACCGAUCAGUCCUUCGGUAUGGACCAUUGACGAGCUCGGAAACGGCGGAACGAUCGUCGAUUCAGGGACGACGUUGACAUUUCUGGCCAAGCCGGCGUACGACGGAAUAUUGACGGAGUUCAAGCGGAGGAUCGACCUGCCGGAGCCGGCGAAUCUGACUUCCGGGUUCGAUUUGUGUAUAAACGUGUCGGGCGUGUCGAAGCCGAGGCUACCCAGUCUGAGUUUCCGAUUCGACGGCGGAGCCGUCUUCGCCCCGCCCGCCGGGAACUACUUCCUGGACACGGCGCCGGACGUCAAGUGCCUCGCAUUGCAGCCGGUCGCCUCUCCGUCGGGGCUAUCCGUCAUCGGAAACCUAAUGCAGCAAGGGUUUGUGUUCGAGUUCGACACGGAUCGCUCCCGACUCGGGUUUUCGCGGGCCGGUUGUUCCGUUCCUUGACUCGGUGAGUCGUGCUUCGCCCAUCCCACUCGGACUUUUUUUUCUUUUUAAAUAUUUUUUGGAGUACCAUUUUAUUUUAUUUUUUCCUUUAAAUUCUUAAGAAGAGGUAAACACUAAACACGCAGCCAGGGGCAAAAGUGGGCACUUGGUAAACUUAAUUAAUGUGUAAUAUUCUCCCUGUUUCAUAAGAUAAAUUAAAUUAUAUUUGUAAUAAUAUUAAGGAAAUAUU